AUGACGGUCGGCGCCAUCUGCCCUCGCUCAAACUGGGGGCCCGAUCGGUUGAGCAACGGCGAUCCUUCGUACUACUCCGGGAGAUCACAGUGGUUAGCGACCGACGUCAAAUUCUCAAACAAAGACAACAGUGUCUUUCUGAUUUCCCCGAUCAACAAUCUGCACGCGGCCCGGCACAAACCCCUUUACGCAGCACUGGAAUAUUUGAUAUCCGACUUGAUCGACGACUGGAACGGCGUGUUGCUCUACAAGGCGCUGGCACGAGGCGUCUCGCGCGUGAAACCGCAGCUUUAUAGAUGUAGUGCCUGCUCCGAGGGCGCUCCAGGCAUGUGCUCGUGCCCAGUCAACUUUCGCGAGUCGUUGGCGUGGGCAAAUGAUCGGCAGAACAACGUGGCGUCGGAUACGUGGCACGAAAGCCGGUGGAAUCCUAUCCUAGCCCUUGAUGGGCGCUUCGCCAGCUCGAGAAGAAUAUACGACGAGAUCUCCCUGCGUGACGGCUUCAAGGAACGCGGACUUCAGAUCUAUGUGGAAAUUGUAUCCAUUGAGCUUGACGCAGAUGGCUCCAUUUCCGCAGACAGCGUACACCACCUGUGCUGGGAUCUGAAUGACCCAAUUGAUGGCGGGGAUGCGCGCGAACGCGUUUCGACGCUUGCUGGCGAGACGGAGAGUGACGCUGGGGAUUCAGAAGAGGAUGACAUCGCAGACUUUGAAUCUCCCAUGACCAUUGCCGAAUCGUCGGGCAGCGAGGGAAGCGCGGAUGAAGAGGGUGAGCCCACCGGUAGGACUGGCGUAGGUGGAAGCGCCCUGAACAGGAUUCGUUACGGUCCAGAAAACGGCACUGGUCAAGGGACCGUUGGUAGUAGCGUGGACGGGAUUGGGGUCGGGGACGGAAAUGGAUCUCAAGAAGUCCAUGAUGCAGCUGGUGCGGCGGCGGUACUGCAAGCCGAAAACGCCGGCGAGGAGUCGGAGGAGGGCGAGGACUAUGUAGACGCGGUGUAUUGCUUCACCACGGCAGGGGCCUUGGAAGCCGAAGUGGUGGAACACCCUUGGCAAGGGGAGUCUGAACAGGAGUUGGAGUCACUGUACGACGAUGCCAUGUCGCGGGCGGACGAGAUGGAACCAGAUCGGGUUACGCAGUAG